AUGGGUAAAAAAUCGAAACGUCAAGUAUAUUUAACGUAUGUUGAUCAUAAAAUUUUGAAAGAUGACAAUAAUAAUUCGUCUUCUUUAUCGUUGAAUUCAUCAAAAUCUACUAUUGAAAUUUAUUCAAAUCCAAAUUUAACUAAACGUAUAACAAUUUAUCAAUUAGCCGAAUGUUUUUCUGCGGAAUAUUUUGAUUCAAUUAAAAAUGAUUAUCAGCAAUUUAUGAAUUUCUAUUUUAAUUCAUUUACUAUUCAAUUAUUUUUUUAUGAAAAUGAUGUUGAAGAAAAAAAACAAAUUGUUAUCAAACACAUUGAAAGUUUAUUUCAUGAAAAACACCAACUACAACCAAAUGAUACAUGUGCCUCACCUUCCUCACAAUUACCAGCAACAACAUCUGUCGAUAAUAUUUUGCAUACUUUUGAUGUUCAAUUACUUGUUUCCGGCCAUAUCAUACCAAAAGAUCAUCAAUUAGUCGGACAUGUUCGUCUAUAUUUUACCACAACAGAUUUAUUUAUAACGCAGUUUAGUUGUCUUAUUGCCGAUUUAAAACAGACAAUAAUAAAUCAAUAUUCAGCAUCAAAAAAAAUCAUGUGUAUUCCGUAUUAUACAAUACGUAAUUAUGGAAACAGAGGACAAAUAUUUCUAAUUGAACUAGGUAAAUCUGAUCAUGGUGAUGGUGAAAUACAUAUGAAAUGUUUAAAUUCAUCAUUGGCACGUACAAUUCAUUUAUUAGUUAGUCCAGUAAUUGAAGAACGACCACCUGUUCUAUCAUCAGCGUUUCAAAAUCAAUUGUUAACGUUGAAAAGAAUGGAAAAAUCAAGACAUAUACAACCGCCCGUUCAGUUAAGCACCAGUGGUUUUAUAAAAUCGCGAUCAUUACUAUCAAUGGCCAGUAAUGAACAACAGCAGAAGUCAGUAGUAAAAAAACGCUGGUAUAAAACGGUUAAUUUACAUUCACAAACAUUAGUUAAGCCAACAGUAGAUGAGAAAGUUUUAACUUUAUCAUUAUAUGAAGAACAACAACAGCAGAUUCAGCCUGAUAGAAAUGGAACUGAUAUUUUCCCAUGCGAAUCAAUCAAUGCUCCCAAUAAUUCAGAAGUACAACAACAGUGUUCACGUUCAUCGUCAUUUCCAUUUAAUUUAAUGUGUCAUAUGCCAAAAAAAGCAUCACCAAUUAUUAAUGAUAACGAUAAAAAAAGUAGUGAAAAACCCGUUAGCGUUAAAUUAAUUAAGCGUUCGGUUACAUUUUUUACACGAAAACUAUCAUUUCGUAAAAAUAAACGAACAGCUCAUAGUUGUAGUGAUGAUAGUGAUGAAAGUAAUUCAGUUCUAGCCAAUACUAUAGAUGCAAAACCAGAACUAUCAAUGCCUACAACUAUCUCAAAUACUCAACAUCAAACACUAUCAAAACCGUUUCACACAAAUACACAUUAUUUACAAACAAUUGAUUCAUCCAAUGAAUCACAACAACAAAAGUUUAAACCUAUUAAACAAAUAAAUAGUUGUCUAGUUGACAAAGUUCAUUGUGAUGCGAGCUUAGAGAGAGAAUACAAUUCACACGUGGGAGUAUCAUCAACGUACGUGGAAAUGACUAGUGAUUUGACCAAAAGCAUAAGAAAUAAUGAAAAUAGCAACAACAUUGAAGAGAAUGCAUUGUCAGACGAAAAUCGAUCGAUAAAUGAAAAUGAUAACGAAUCACAAACAUCGACUAAACUUGAUGCAUCAGUCAAUACUACAAUUUCCAUGCCGCCACAUGUUCGUUUUGCUGUGAUUGUUGGUCAUACUGUUCAUUUGAUUGCGGAUGAAAAGUCACUAUUACCAAAUGUUGGUCCACGAUCAUUCACAUCUCCUGCAUGCGUGAUGCAACCGUUUAAAACCCAACUUUAUUUACAAUCAAAACUAAGAAAUCCAAAAUUGGAACAAACUGUUUUGUCUUAUUCUUAUCUAAAUAGUAACAUGAAUAGUUCUGGGUAUAGCUCAUUAUAUAAAACAUCUCAACCAAAUUCUGCUUCACCAUCACAACAGUCACUAUUACUUUCCUAUGGUGUUGUCACUUUUCCAUCAUCGUCCGACGUUGAAUCAAAUUUAGUUAUACAAGCGACGCAAGCAACUUCAAUGAAUGAUUUUGAAAAAAGAUUUAAUUCUGAUUUGAAUCUGAAGUCAAAUAAUUAUUUUCAACAACAAUUACGUCAAGAUAGUAUCUCAUCCGGAUCAAGCACUCAAAUUGGUCCCAUGGUCGGUUAUGAUGGAGAUGAACAGUCUAUAGCAGGCAAGAUAUCAUUACCAUCCAUUUCAAGCGACACGGCUUCAAUGACAACACCUACACUUCCGUUUACAUAUCUUAUCGGACAACCGUUAACAACAAUAAUUGAUGAACAAGCGAGUAAUAUUUAUCAAUCAACUCCACGACAUUCAUCAAUUAAUUUAUGUCAUCAUGCAACAUUAUCCCAUAUAGAUGAAGAAAAAAAUUGUGAUCCAUAUGCCUUGACUGAGCCAGUAUUGACACCUUCCUUCAGCAGUCGAUCGCAGUCACUAAAGACACCAUUUUUACGUUCACCGCCGUCGACUAAAAAUAACGGCAAUACUAGCACAACAACGAUGAAUAUUUAUUAUACCGAUUUACUAUUUCCACAGCAAUCUCUGGAUAAUAAGGAAUCUUACUCAAAUCAUGAUUCACCUACUCUAACAGAAGAUUCGACUAAUGAUUCAAGUACUGAUCAACAAAAAAUAUAUACAGAUAUUGAUUUUACGGAGACAAAUCGUCGCACAACAAGUCCACCACAAUCUAGUGAGAUUUCUACUCAAUUUGAAACUGGAGAUCUAGCACCAUUUUGUCUAUGA